UUCAGUGGUUUAGCAAUUAAUUUAGAAUGCCAAUUUAUGAAUUUACAAUUUAUUUUAGGCCGAUGGUUAAGGAUUUGUUAGCUGAUUCAAUUAAGAAGAGCGCUUUGUGUUUAUUAAAUCAAGGAGGCGUAAUAAUGAAUAUGCAAAGUUUGGGAUAUAGGGACUUACCAAUGAGAGCGAUUACAAAGCGGACAAAGGAAAUUGUUUACACGACAAAGUUUGUUUUUUAG